AUGAACAACUCUUUUGUCAUAGAUGGGUAAGUGUAUCCAACUUGGAAUCAGACAUUACCGCGGCCACGCUAACAGAAAGCAUCAUUGCCAUGAAAUUUCUACAUCAGCUGGGGUUCCUUCUUUUGGCCAAGCCAGUUGUAGGGUAAUAGUUCCAUUUAUCAAGCAAUGGCCACGUAACAUGAAAUCACUGCAUUUGGCUGAAUUUAUAUUUAUUUUCUUGUUAAUCAGGAUUAAUAUAUCAGUAUCUACAGACAGACAACCACUGCAGACAUUGAACUCAGACCCACAGAGUACCAUGCUUAGGGCAAGUAGCAGGGAUAGAACACAAUACUGCUCUGUCCCCUGUCUGAAAGUCAUGUCACUAUAAGGAGUGUGAGAUACAGAGAAGGGAGUAGGAUUAGGAUCAUGAUAAUUCAAUGCAGUAGCGGAACUAACAUAUAGCAGGCCAUGGUGCAAGAAUUUGUUAUGGGCCCCUCUAUUGCAAUGACGGGGAAAAAAGGUAGAUCCCCGUCAUUCUUGCAAUCCUAACAAUGCUUUGCCAGCUGGAGAUUUACCAUUUGCUUAUCCUUGAAGCGUUGUAUUUAGCACUGAACUAUAAUCAGGGAUUAAGAUAAUUCAAUGUAUAUAAUCCAUUAGGAGGCAGAGAAGUGUCAAAUCAUUGCAGAUCCAAAGUUUUGGGCAGUCAGUGGAGUACUGAAGCCUGGUUACGAAACCCAAAGCUCUGGUAGACAGAGGUAAAAAAGAAUAAUAAAAUAUGGCAGACACAGGACAAGAACAUGAAUCCCAGGAAGGAAGGAAUUUUACAAUGCAUGAUUCAGGAGGGACUCUGGGCAAGACAAGCACAGCUUCUAGAGCCCAGGCUAAUGGUACACUUGUUGGGAUCAGUGGUUUAUUUGGCAAAUGAAGCAAGGCUGCAAAGAGGUUGCAGUUUUGACAGAUGUUCUGCGACACGGAACAGAAAAACUAACUCUAAACAAGUCUUUUUGAAAAAGUGAACACUCAACCUUUGUGAAUUUUUCUGCAGACUCUAGUGAUCAUUUCCUAUCUUGUUGGUAAAUAGUUGCCAGGAUUAAAAAAUACAAUUCUGUAUUACUUUGUAUACUGGACAUCCCUUUAAUUUUAGCAUGCAGGAAAUUGCUUGAAUUAAUAGGUUACACUAUUCCUGCUCUGACACAGUAAAUUGUGCUAAAAUAUGAAAUUAUUAUGAUUGUCGGCAAACAAUAACAGAACUGUACUUGUAAACCUACAGUGUACCCGGUGCCUGGGGCUGGGGAAAGACUUCCAGGAGGCACACCAGGCUGGGGUUUGACGAACAUAAAGAGCUGAAACAAGGGAGACCUUUCUAGAAGGAAUGAUACAGUAACCGCAGACACACAUAGUGCUGGUAUUUAAACGGAGCUCGACCAGCUUAUGUGAUCUCUGUAUCCUACUGGUGUAUGAUUUUUGCUAAAUCAGUUAAAAACCAACAUUGAGAUAUAUUAUGCCCUAAAUAAGUUAUGCUUAUUAGAUUAAGAAAAAGAUUAUAUCUAUGCAUUGUGCUAGCAGUUUAGCUAAAAAAAUGUAUAGAUUAAGAGAAACACCUAUUUAAAAAUAGGUUUUUCUCCCAGCUGUGAGUCAGCGCCUUGGCGUGCCUUGACAUUGACUGACAAAGACGAGCAGAAAAGACCUUCUACAGGAGGUCCCUCUGCUCUCCACCCUAGGCUAGGGAGUAUAGGAAUGGAGUGAUCUAAUGUCACUCCGUUCAGACGCCGGUACGCUGGCCAGGAAGUGGGUAUUACACGAAGAGUAACACCCACAAACCGGUGAUGGAACGGAGGAAAAGUGAGUAAAUCUUUAUAUUUUACAUUGAAUACAUCAUGCAUCUUUGUGAUAUAUGGUGCAUUCAAUGUAUAUGGGAGCGAUUGCAGGUAAGUUAAAUUAUAAAUGACAGGUUUCACUUUAAAGGUGUUGAACCAUCAUACAAAAUGAUAAUGAUUUACAUUAAAGGGCUGAAAAUAGUUCAGUGAAGUAUUCUGGGUGACCACUAUACUCGUUUUCCUGGCACUAUAGUGCCCUGAGGGUGCCCCCACCCUCAGGGACCCCCUCCCGCCCAGCUCUGGAAGGGGGAAAGGGGGAAAAACUUACCUUUUUCCAGCGCUGGGCGGGGAGCUCUCCUCCUCCGAUCCUCCUCCGUUCCUCCCCGUCAGCUGGCUGCGCGCGCAUUCAGCCGGUCACAUAGGAAAGCAUUCAUAAUGCUUUCCUAUGGACGCUGGCGUGCUCUCACUGUGAAAAUCACAGUGAGAAGCACGCAAGCUCCUCUAGCGGCUGUCAAUGAGACAGCCGCUAGAGGAAAUAGGGGAAGGCUUAACCCAUUCAUAAACAUAGUUUCUCUGAAACUGCUAUGUUUAUGAAAAAAUGGGUUAACCCUAGCUGGACCAGGCACCCAGACCACCUCAUUAAGCUGAAGUGGUCUGGGUGCCUAGAGUGGUCCUUUAAGGACACAUAACAUGUGUGACAUGUCAUGAUUCCCUUUUAUUCCAGAAGUUUGGUCCUUAAGGGGUUAAAAAUGGUGGUCCUUUAUUUUAACCCAUAAUACAAGAAUAUAAUCAACUGUUUCAGUCCCGCCACUCCAAUUACAAUACUCCUUUUUAAAUUGCGCUCUUCCCAAAUGUGAACUAAUUUUCAUCCACAAGAGUCUAUCAACCCACGUAUUAACAGGUGUCAAUAGGGAUUAAGCCUUCAUAUCCCAAUGUUCAGUCUGCGGUUUGUACUCAAUGGUUUACUGUUUUAGGGCUGGCGGGAAUUUUGUCACAGAUGGGCCCAUAGUGUCUGACUAAGAGGCGAGCCGGCUAGUCUCUCUGCAACUUUCUGUUACAACAUUUAAACAGAGGCCUCCACAUUUUCUACAUUACGAAUGUCUUUCGAGAAAAGAAAAAAAAAGUUUAAAGAAUGUAUUUCCAUGGCUUUCAUCAUGACAUAGAGGAUUUCGAAACCAUAAAAUAAUAAACACGUCUGGCGGCGGCGCUUACAAAAGCCCCUUAUCAUAUCAAUUAAAAACUCCUCCAUUUCCUGCACUUUCCCAUCACGUAGACCGCAGACCAGGCGUUCUUUUGUAAAAAGGUCACCAAGUUGAAGUUUAAACCACUAUAUAACUGUUUUGUUUCUCUAUUCCCAAACAGUUUAAAAGACCUUUGGCUUUGUCCCCCUUUGGGGAUAGUUUAUUGUAAGUGGGUAAAUCGGAUGCUAUAAUGCAGUAAGACAGUGAUAAUAUAUAUGAGAGGAUUAAACCAUAUCAAAGCUACCGUGGGUACAGCUGGUGAUUAAGGGACUCUGAGGGCAUGGGGAACAUGAUGAGGUGCAUGGGUGUUAUGAGAGUGGUCCUACAAAGUCUAUGGCUGGGCAUAUUUGGAGAUUGGAUUGCAAUAUAAGGAACGACAUCCCAUGAGUUAAUGAUAAAGAUUUUGAAAUCCAAAAAAGUGAAAUGUUAGUGAGCAGAGGCUGAUCAAUGUCUUCACAUUAUUAUUAUUAUUAUUAUUAUUAUUCCAUUUAUAUGGCACCAACAGAUUCUGUAGCGCUUUACAAUAUUAUGAGAGGGGGAUUUAACUAUAAAUAGGACAAUUACAAAAAACUUACGGGAAUUAUAGGUUGAAGAGGACCCUUCUCAAACGAGCUUACAUUCUAUAGGAGGUGGGGUGUAAAACACAUUUGGACAGGAAUUUGCAGUCAAAUAAGGUGGGCUGCCCUUUAGGAGAGAGCAAGAGACAGGUAUGUGAGGUAGAGGUUAAUCUUGGAGGCCAUAAGCUUUCCUAAAGAGAUGGGUUUUAAGGCACUUCUUAAAAGAUGCAAGACUAGGGGAGAGUCUGAUGGUGGUAGGCAGGCUAUUCCAUAGGAAGGGAGCCACCCGCGAGAAGUCCUGCAAGCGUGAGUUGGCCGUACGGGUGCAGACAACGGACAGGAGGUGGUCACGGGCAGAGUGGAGAGACCGAGAAGGGGCAUACCUAUGGAUCUGUGAAGAGAUAUAAGAGGGGCUAAGAUUGUUCAGUGCUUUAUAGGCAGGGGCGUUUUAGCCGCGAGGCAAACAAGGCAUUUGCCUUGGGCGGCAUUUUCCAGGGGGCGGCAAAAAAAGCCGCCCCCCAAAUGCCCAGGGCAAAUGUCUUGUUAGCCUUGCGGCUAACAGACAUGCCGAGCGGGCGGGCAGGCGGCGCUGGCUGAUGGGCGGGCGGCGCUGGGCGGGCGGCGCUGGGCGGGCGGCUGGCGAGGGAGCACUUCCUCUGAGCUGUCUGCUCAGCUCCCUCGCGCCCAGUAGCCACUGGACCACCAGGGAGAAAGGGAACCACCACCGCCACCCCCCCCCCCCAUCAUUCUCAAAGGUAAGGAGGCUGGAGGGGGGGGGUUAAAAAAAAAUGUGUUAAUGUGAGUGUGUCUGUUAGUGUGUGUGUGAGUGUGUCUGUUAGUGUGAGUGUGAGUGUGUCUGUUAGUGUGAGUGUGUGUGUGAGUGUGUCUGUUAGUGAGUGUGUAUGUUAGUGAGUGUGUCUGUUAGUGUGUGUGUCAGUGAGUGUGUCUGUUAGUGAGUGUGUGUGUCUGUUAGUGUGUGUGUCUGACUGUUAGUGUGAGUGUGUCUGACUGUUAGUGUGAGUGUGUCUGACUGUUAGUGUGAGUGUGUCUGACUGUUAGUGUGAGUGUGUUUGCCUGUGAGUGUGUGUGUCAGUGAGUGUUUGUGUCUGCUAGUGUGUGUCUGCUAGUGAGUGUGUUUGUGUCUGACUGUGUGUGUAUGUUUGCCUGUGAGUGUGUGUGUGUCAGUGAGUUUGUGUUUCUGUUACCUAGUGUAUGCGUAUCUGUCAGUGAGUGUGUGUGUAUUUAGAAGGAGGGGCGGGGGGAAGGGAUGGGUGGGGGUCGCGCGUGCGUGGGGGGGGGGGCUGCUUGAGUUUUGUCCUGCCUAGGGCAGCACAAAACCAGGAUACACCACUGUUUAUAGGUGUGAAUUAGUACCUUGAAUUGACUCCUAUAGGAUUCCUGGAAGCCAAUGUAAGGCCUGACAGAGGGGUGAGGUGUGAGAGAACCGACUAGAGAGGAAAAUCAGUCUGGCAGCGGCGUUCAUUAUAGACUGUAGCGGUGCAGUACGGCUUUUGGGAAGACCAAUCAGGAGAGGGUUACAGUAAUCCAUGCGGGAAAUUACUAGAGCAUGGAUAAGCAACUUGGUAGCAUCUUGUGUAAGAAAGGGGCAGAUGCGGGCUAUGUUUUUAAGAUGGAAUCUACAGGAUUUGGCAACAUACUGGAUGUGAGGCUCAAAGGUGAGUCCAGAAUACAGUAUGACGCCAAGACAGCGCGCUUGCAAGGAUGGACUGAUGUGGGUACCACAAACUUGAAGGGAGAGCGAUCUGAUUGAUGUACGCUAUUAAUGUAAGCUAUUAACUUUAUUGCCCUGGAAAUAGAAAAUAGAAAUAGAAAGGCUCAGAAUCAGGUUAAAUAGAUAUUACACAAUAAAUCUGACUUGAUAUUUUUAUAAUAGCUAUAAAAAAAGGUAAACAAGAUACAGUUUAGUGUAAAUAUAUAUAUAUAUAUAUAUAUAUAUAUAUAUAUAUAUAUAUAUAUAUAUAUAUAAAGAUUAUAUAAUAGGUGAAGCACAGGAUUAAGGUAAAGUCUCUACACCCUAUAAAUCACAUAUUUAUACAAAUCAGAACACCUUAAUUACAGGCUUAGUGAUAUAGUAUCCCACAUUUCUCCUACACAGGCACAAUGAUUUGCCCUGGCAGCUUCUAAGCAAGUUUAACAACCAACUCAGCAAGGUGAAUCUCAACACUCUGGAAGACACUCACACAAACAUUCCCAAACUACAAAAAGGAAGGGUGGGUGCACAGGUAAGUCAGUAAAUGAUAUGGCUCUGCAGACUGUUAUGUGUGAUAAUUGGUGAGGUUAAAGGGUUACUCCAACCAAAACACAGUUUUUUAUUACUUGCCCCCCCCCCCUCUACAAAUGUAAAGAAUAAACAUAACAGUGUGAUGGCCAAGUUCUCUACUCAACCCAAUCCUCCAGCUCUGAUAUCUCGCCUCUAAGCUCCCCCUAGGAGGGAUGUUUGGGGAAGACAUGGAAAGGGGGCAAUGUCGUCAUUGGAAGAAUGUCGCCAGCUUGCAGUGUGUGCUGAGGAUAGAUGUCCACAAGGCACAGAACUGGCAUUACCUAGCCAGAACUCUUGUUCGAGUUAAACCUCUGGCAGUAAAGAGUAAAACUCAGUAUGUUCAGGGUUUCAUACAAACGCCAAGCACCAUGAACAUGGACUCACUGAACUGAUCAUGGUGCUUGGAGCAACUCUUUAGCACUAUCUUCCAGCACUUUGAGCCCCUUUCACCUUGAUACACGAGAUCCAUGGCUUUGGUGAAGGGUUGACAUAAGAUUUAUAAAAUGUGUAUAAUUGUUCAGCAAAGUUUUAUAAAACCCCUCUCUUUUACCCCGCAGUUCUGGGCAGCCUAUGUUCCAUGUGACACUCAGGGGAAAGAUGCCGUAAAAAGGACGCUGGAACAGAUUGAUGUUGUUCACAGAAUGUGUGAAGAUUAUCCCGACGUUUUCGUUUUUGUGGACAGUGUUAAAGGCAAGAACGACUGGCUGGGCGAGCAAUAGAGUAGUGGAUUUUUGAUAAACGGGCAGCUACACGUAGCCUAAACAAGACAGUUGUCAGUGAAGGAUGUGAUUUGCAGGUUAUCGGUGGUUCUCAUCGUGAUAAUCCUGUAAAAUGCCUAGGUUUAUGGAGCAUGACGAAAGUCAUAAAUGACUACAAGCUGGCGAGCUUCUUGUUGUCUAUAGCUAUUCUACACAGACUGGACCAUGGGAGAUUAUUGUCACUAGAUUAUAAAAUGUAUGGAUUGGUGAGACUGGAGAGGGUAGGAGGCUAAUAGUAGUCCAGCCAUGGAGCAGUGAUGAGGGGCGAGCUAAUACAUUUUGGUUACCAUUGUUUUAACUUAAUUGAUGACUUCAGAGAGACACCAGUUAUUAACUAGCUAACUUCGUUGUUAUUGGCAUGUAUGAGGUUCCAUGUACCCUCACCAAUUACAACGGGAUUGUGCGUUCCCACUACAUGUGCAUCCUCAAUAUCAAGGCAGUAACAGAUUUUUUAUCAAGCAUGCCCAGAAUAAGGGAAGGAGCCUAAGAGAGACGAGAGAGUAGACCUCGUAGCCAACAACAGGAUAUAGGCCUCUCACAAAUUGCAUGGAUCAGGACAAUCUAGAAUAUAUAGUAAGGAGAGCACAAAGGUCAGGUUCGAUGGCACAGGGUCAGAGUUGGUAUAACAAAUCAAGAGAUACAUUAACAAGCAGUCUAGAACCAGGAAACUGGAAAUGGGGAGUUCAGAUGAAGGAAGGGGUACAAAGGAAUAGCAACAAAGUGCAUUGAAGAACGCAGACAAUGUCCUGUAAAAGUGAGCACUAAGUGACCCGGCACAGGCUGGUUUUACCAUGGUUGUGAAAUAAAGGAUACUGUCCGUGCAAACGUCUGUCUUGCGUGUAUAUCUGAUUGUAUUCAUUUUCUCUUCCAUUCAGGGAUUGAGGACGCCUUUCAUGACAGAAAAAUUGCCAGUCUGAUAGGCGUGGAAGGUGCUCAUUCGAUUGACAGCAGUUUGGGAACCCUGCGUACCUUCUACAUGCUGGGCGUGCGAUAUAUGACACUUACACACAGCUGCAAUGCUCCCUGGUAAGAUCCAUAGGCUGUAUCCGUUUUGUCAAGUUUGAGAUUUGAAUGGUGUUAGGUUAGCUGGAGAUACCAAGCAUGUAAUGACAUUGCUAAAGGGACAAUAUAGGCACCCAGACCACUUAAUCUAUAUAUCAUGGUCCACCCUGGUUUAGCCUUUCUAGUGAAAAGAUUGCUGUUCUGAAGACCAUCUGAUUAGGGUAGCAUGGUAUUUUUCCAUGCUUGCGCACUAGUCUCCAAAUGCUUUCCUAUGGGAAAGCAUUGAAUUGGCUGAGAUCAUCGGGGGCUCAGUGACCUCAGCCAAGGCAGUGGGACGAGAUCAGCACUGCGAGGGAGGAAAGCUAAGUAAAACUGCUUUUUCUUCUCCCUACAGGUGGAACCGGGAACCUAAACAGUUAUCAGGGCUCACAUUUAUAUUCCUAACUCUACAGUGUUUCUUUAAUAACGAUUUUAACAAGUUCAAGUUGUUUAGUUUAGGAACAGUUUUAAAUACACAGUUACAUAUUUUCUGUCAAUAGUUGACACAUAUAAAAUUCUACCAUAAGCCGAAACACUAUAAAGGUAUGUUCUGGUAAAGAGCCUUGACUCAAAAAGGAUGACAUGUAAUCACUUGUUACAUAUAACAUUCUGAUGUUUAAUCAGCCAAAUCACAUUAUUUGAAAAGAAACACAAGCAACAAUUGCUUUAAAGGGGACACUAUAGGUACUGUAACUGUUCCAUCUCAAUGAAGUAGUUAUAGUGCCUGGCCAUCCUUCCAUUUAGUGUUAAAGGAACACUAUAGUCACCUAAAUUACUUUAGCUAAAUAAAGCAGUUUUAGUGUAUAGAUCAUUCCCCUGCAAUUUCACUGCUCAAUUCACUGUCAUUUAGGAGUUAAAUCACUUUGUUUCUGUUUAUGCAGAGCCUGCAUGAAAAAAAAACUGGUUUCACUUUCAAACAGAUGUAAUUUACCUUAAAUAAUUGUAUUUCAAUCUCUAAAUUGAACUUUAAUCACAUACAGGAGGCUCUUGCAGGGUCUAGCAAGCUAUUAACAUAGCAGGGGAUAAGAAAAUCUUAAUUAAACAGAACUUGCAAUAAAGAAGGCCUAAAUAGGAAGUGUUUAUGGAAGGCUGUGCAAGUCACAUGCAGGGAGGUGUGACUAGUGUUCAUAAACAAAGGGAUUUAUCUCCUAAAUGGCAGAGGAAUGAGCAGUGAGGCUGCAGGGGCAUGUUCUAUACACCAAAACUGCUUCAUUAAGCUAAAGUUGUUCAGGUGACUAUAGUGUCCCUUUAAUCUGUUUAAAGCUGAACGUGAGUCCCCAGCGGCCCAACCCCUGUGCUGCUUGGGCUAAAGUAGAAGCAUUAGCCUGUGCAGCAAUAGACAGCUGUGAUUGGCUGAAAGUGUCAGCUGACCAUUUUCAGCCUAACACAGUGCCCAUUGUGGAUAUAGUUAGAAGGAAGUGUGUAAUCUCUGCCGUAGCCAAACGUCCAUUAGGGGCCGGGCUGUGGAUAGCCAGGUUCCCUUACUUAUUAUUAAAUUUCUAAAUAAAAUGGUUUAACACUGUAAGGAGGGUUAGUGCCAGAGAACUCCACGCGCUAUAACCAAAUCAGUGAGAUGAAAUAGUUAUAGUGCCCACAGUGUGCCUUUAUGAAUGACCUUGUUAAACAGCAAUUUAUGAGCCUAUUCCUUAAUAAGGACUUUUUUUUCUGAGCUUCUCUGUUAGAAAGCUUACAUUAAGCUGUGAAUACCAACAGUUAGUAGAUUCUUCAAACUUCAAAAGCACAGGCAGAUUGUGUUUAACAUCAGCAUGCUACCCAUGUGUGACUCCAAUUAUACCAACCACCACUUAGCACAGGGCUCCAAAUUUCAAGUCCAACACUACUAUAGAGACCUAAAAGUUACUCGACACUGCAAGCAUGGAGGGUCCAUGGCACACUCACCAGGGGUAUAUUUCUACACAAACAAUAUUACUUUUUUUGGUUGAUCUAGGAUGUAUUGUGAGCGUAAAAGUUGUGCACCGCUUUUGUUUGGUACAAGAGUGGAUUAAGAACCAUAACCCUGAUUACCUCCUGGAGUAUGGGGUUGAGAUUCCCUUUUUUAAUUUGGUGAAUAACCCUGUUAAUGGAACACUCCAAACACCAUAACCACUAUAGCGUGCAGUGCCUUCGUGCAUCCUAAAAAUAAGUAGUCAAGCCAUUUGCUAAUGGACUGACAACUUACCUUGGCUGCUGGUCACUUUCUCCAUGAAAGCCAGAAGCUCCAGCAAGGACCUUUCAUUAGCUCUCCUGAGUUAAACUCGGUCAUGCAGGGACAGCUCAUUGGCUGACAAUAUCAGCUGAUUGCACUUAGCCAAUGAUCUUAGCCCUGUACCGUCAGGCUUGGCCAAAUGCAGAGAGCUUCUGGCUUACACGGAGGCUGGGACUGAGCCCCAUUGACCCCAGGUAAGUUAUUAAACAGUUAGCAAAUGGUUUGACUGCUUACUUUGGAGGGGGGAUUACCAGUGCACUCUUAGCACCAUAACCACCACAGCUCCCCAAUGUAAUGUUGAAGUUUGGAGGGAUUCUUUAAGUCUGAAUUAUUUCUCUGGGUAAGUUCAGGGGCUUCCUAUGUUAUGUUUAUGCUGCCAAACCAGUUUUACCAGACUCAAUAUAUUUUCUUGUGCACCUGUCAAAAUACAUAUAAUAUAAGGUGGAUCCAACUAGGGGCAAUAAGAAUAAAACAUAGUGCAACUCUGUAGAACCCAGAUAAAGUGAUUAUUAGUGCCAAUGGGUCACUCACACUUUGAUUGAAUAAAAAGGGCAUUCAGCAAUCAUUGGAGAUCUGAAGUUGUGCCUCUCUCUUAGUAGUUGAUAUUGCAGGUCUCAGCAGCAUGUAAAAUAAAGUGCAUCCAGAAUAAGGUGAUAGCAGAUUGAAGUAUAGUAUAAAUAUAUUUAUUAAUUACACAGAAGUAAAAAAACAGUCAGCAUUAAAUACAGGUGAAAUCUAUCCAACGCGUUUCAUCCCAGUCAGGGAAGCAGGACGUAAUCAAGAUUUGAUCGCGGACAGCCGAAACAGAACAGAAGCACCACAUGGAUAGGAAUUAUGGACUGAUUGUGGGGUGUAUUUAGGAGGGAGGGCGGGGGGGAUAUUUUUAUGCGUUUUGUACCUGUCUUUUGAAUAAGACGCAGUCCCAGAGGAAGUCCCUGAGUGGGAUGAAACGCGUUGGAUAGAUUUCACCUGUAUUUAAUGCUGACUGUUUUUUACUUCUGUGUAAAUAAUAAAUAUAUUUACUUCAGUCUGCUAUCACCUUAUUCUGGAUGCACUUUAUUUUACAUGCUGCUGAGACCUGCAAUAUCAACUACUAAGAGAGAGGUAUAUAUAAAAACCCAAAGGUGAUAUAUACAAAUAGAGGGUGGUUGAGAACAAUACAACCUGAAUAUGGCUGAAAAUGAACGUGGAAUCUAUAAAAUAGCAAAAUACAAAAUAUAGUGAAGUAAGUUAGGCAAAAUUGGAUUUGCACGUGGUAGAAAACUUACAAGAAGGGAGUAGUAAUCACGCCUGUCAUCCUGUCAGGGGUACUUUCCACAUUGGAGACCGAAUAUAUAUGGCGAGGACUGACAAUUUUUUUUUUUACUUUUGGACUUUUGGACUUUUUAUGCUAAUAUACAGCUGUUAUUAUAGUCCAUUUGUUAUUUUUAUUUAUUUUAUUUUAUAUUUUUUAAUUUUGUGUACCUCCAUUUUGGGAUCUCUCUCUACUUUCACCUGGAGACCCGGCCAUUACUUCAUUAUGGAGAUAUGCUGUCUUACUUCUGAUUUCUUGUAAGUGCAAUAUUUGGAAUAAAUUUUGUUAUUUUUAUACAAUCUGCACUAUCUAUAUUUUUUCUUUUGUUCCUGAGCUGAAGGAAAAAGGGAUAUUUUAUUCCUGAGCUGAAGAAAAAGUGAUAUUGUCAGUCCUCGCCAUAUAUAUUCGGUCUCCAAUGUGGAAAGUACCCCUGACAGGAUGACAGGCGUGAUUACUACUCCCUUCUUGUAAGUUUUCUACCACGUGCAAAUCCAAUUUUGCCUAACUUACUUCACUAUAUUUUGUAUUUUGCUAUUUUAUAGAUUCCACGUUCAUUUUCAGCCAUAUUCAGGUUGUAUUGUUCUCAACCACCCUCUAUUUGUAUAUAUCACCUUUGGGUUUUUAUAUAUACGUCCUUGUGUUUAUUCUUUAUAGUGUGUGUGUGAGGUACACUUCUCUGAGGGUGUGUUUUUCUAGUGUAUCAUAUAGUAAGCAUAUCCUUUUUUGUACUAAGAGAGAGGCACAACUUCAGAUCUCCAAUGAUUGCUGAAUGCCCUUUUUAUUCAAUCAAAGUGUGAGUGACCCAUUGGCACUAAUAAUCACUGUAUCUGGGUUCUACAGAUAAUGAUACUAAGAUAUGUAACAGGGAUGAUGUUCCAGGAGGGAUAAGCCAAAUGGCAAAUGAUUUAGGUAAACUAGAAAAAUAGUCAGAAUUGUGGCAACUGACAUUUAAUGUGGAUAAGUGCAAGAUAAUGCAUCUUGGAUGUAAAAACCCAAGGGCAGAGUACAGAAUAUUUGAUAGAGUCCUAACCUCAACAUCUGAGGAAAGGGAUUUAGGGGUGAUUAUUUCUGAUGACUUAAAGGUAGGCAGACAAUGUAAUAGAGCAGCAGGAAAUGCUAGCAGAAUGCUUGGUUGUAUAGGGAGAGGCAUUAGCAGUAGAAAGAGGGAAGUGUUCAUGCCAUUGUACAGAACACUGGUGAGACCUCACUUGGAGUAUUGUACGCAGUACUGGAGACCGUAUCUCCAGAAGGAUAUUGAUACCUUAGAGAGGGUUCAGAGAAGGGCUACUAAACUGGUUCAUGGAUUGCGGGAUAAAACUUACCAGGAAAGGUUAAAGGAUCUUAACCAGUGGCGUACAUACCAGGGUCGCAGGGGUCGCGGCUGCGACCGGGCCCGGCCCACCAGGGGGCCCGGCCGCCCCUGCGACCCGGUAUGUAGCCACAGGGCCAGCCUCUUCUCCUGAGGGGCCCAGGAGCCGGCCACCCCAGGGCCCCCAGAGGCUGGCCCUGCUGUCACCGGGCAGGCGGGUGGCCGAUCGGGCAGGCAGGCGAGAGGGCGCGUGAGGGAGCACUCAGUGCUUCCUCUUCAGCUCCCUCGCGCACCGCACUGAUACCGGAGCCGGAAGAUGAUGUCAUCUUCCGGCGCCGGCAUCCCUAAGCGGCGCGCGAGGGAGCUGAAGAGGAAGCACUCAGGGGAAAGUGCUCCCUCGCGCGCCCUCCCGCCUGCCUGCCCAGCAGCAGCACCACUGGACCCCAGGGAAUCCCCCCAGCACUCCAAUAGGUAAGGAGGCUGGGGGGAUUAAAUUUAAAAAAUAAAAAUGUGUUAGUGUGUGUCUUAGUAUGUGUGUCUUAGUAUGUGUGUCUUAGUAUGUGUGUCUUAGUGUAUGUGUGUGUUAGUGUAUGUGUGUGUUAGUGUAUGUGUGUGUGUGUGUGUUAGUGUAUGUUAGUGUAUGUGUGUUAGUGUGUGUAUUAGUGUUUGCGUUAGUGCGUGUGUUAGUGAGUGUGUCUGUUAUUGGGUGUGUGUCUGCUAGUGAGUGUGUUACUGUGUGUGUCUGUUACUGAGUGUGUUUGUCUGUUAGUGAGUGUGUGUUUGUCAGUGAAAGUGUAUGUUUUGUAAGUGAGUGUGUAUGUAUGUCUGUUUGAGUGUGUCUCUGUCAGUAAAUGUGUGUGUCUGUUAGCUAGUGUGUAUGCGUCUGUUCGUGAGAGUUUGUGUGUGUGUCUCUUCAGCAUUUACCUUUCUCCAGCGUCGGACUCCCCAGUGUCCGCCUCUCAGCUCCGAAUGCAAAUGCGUGGCAAGAGGCGCGCGCGCGCGCAUUUAAACCGCCCAUAGGAAAGCAUUAUUCAAUGCUUUCCUAUGGACGUUCAGUGUCUUGAGAAUCGCGGAAGCUCCUCUAGCAGCUGUCAAUGAGACAGCCACCAGAGGCUGGAUUAACCCUCAGUGAAACAUAGCCGUUUUCACUGCUAUGUUUUCAGCUGCAGGGUUAAAACUAGAGGGACCUGGCACCCAGACCACUUAAUUGAGCUGAUGUGAUCUGGGUGUCUGUAGUGGUCCUUUAAGUGUGUGUGCAUACCGCGGUCGCGGGGUCGCAGCCCUGCAACCCCUGCGACCAGGUGCCCGCCGCCAUGUGUUGCGGCCCCGACCCGCGCCGAGUAAGCGCGGGGGGAGGGGGGCCCACGGAUCAAUUUUCGCACCGGGGCCCCAUGGGUCAUGUGUACGCCACUGAUCUUAACAUGUAUAGUUUGGAGGAAAAUCGAGACGGGGGGAUAUGAUAGAAACAUUUAAAUAUUUUAUUUAUUUAUUUAUAAGAUAUUUUACCAGGAAAGAUACAUUGCGAUUUCUCUCGUUUUCAAGUAUGUCCUGGGUCCACAAAUCUAUAAAUAUAUAUAAAAUAUAUAAAGGGAAUCAACCCAGUAAAGGAGGAGACUACAUAUAAAAUAAGAAAAACUACCACAACAAGAGGACAUAGUCUUAAAUUAGAGGGGCAAAGGUUUAAAAAUAUCAGGAAGUAUUACUUUACUGAGAGGGUAGUGGAUGCAUGGAAUAGCCUUCCAGCUGAAGUGGUAGAGGUUAACACAGUAAAGGAGUUAAAGCAUGUGUGUGAUAGGCAUAAGGCUAUCAUAACUAUAAGAUAAGGCCAGGGACUAAUGAAAGUAUUUAGAAAAUUGGGCAGACUAGAUGGGCCAAAUGGUUCUUAUCUGCCGUCACAUUCUAUGUUUCUAUGUUACAGAGUUGCGCUAUGUUUUAUUCUUAUUGCCCCUAGUUAGAUCCACCCUAUAUUGUAAGCAUAUUUGUUGAAGAUUUGAGGAGAUCUUUGUGUUAUAUCCAUUACUAGAAGGGAAGUUAAACAUAUAUAUUUAAGUGUUCUUGCAUAGCAAGACCACUUGAUGUUAUCUCACAUAUAUAUUAUUCUUAUUAUUAUAGCCAAAUUUACCACCCUAUAAAAACACAAUAUCGGGUGAGGUUUCUCAGGGUAUUUAAGGGGCCUAAAUGAAUCCCAUAAAUACUUUAAUUAGGUGUUAUUUGUCCUUUUAGUGGAGAGAAGAGUAAUGCACAGCACUGCUGUUCCUUGUGGCACUGAAAUAGUAUACAUUUUUGUCUAGUGUGGGAUAACUUACACUUGCUCCCCAAGGCAUACCACUUGCAGUAAAAAAAAAAACAACUUGUCACUAAAUCGAUAUUCAUAGGUGUAUGUAGGUAGUGUGUCAGCAGGGCUGUCGCUACCAUAAAACAUCAAAGGCGGCUGCCUUAGGGCGCACCAGCCCGGGGUUGUAAUAUCUGGGCUCUGAAUGGGCUCAGCGCUCCCCCUCCUUCCGGUAACUUCAUGUAGCGUGGCCGAAGGUGAGAGCACCAAACAGCUUCAUGUUAGUCCUGGUCCAGGAAACAGUAAAUCCUCUACCCAGGUGAGGAUGGCCAUGCUACAUGACGCGCGCCAUGGGGGAAGAGAGAAUGGCACACAAAAGGGCCUGGUGAAAGGGACAAUGACAGAGAGGGGCUGAGAAGGGGACAAAUAUGACAAGCACAGACCCACUGCUUCUCAUAGGAAAGGAUUGAAUCCAAUGCUUCCCUAUGAGCUUCCACUUCAUGUGGCUGAAAUUUACUCGUUCAGUGCAACAGAAGCCCCUCUAAAGGCUGUCAGUAUUAAAGGUAAACAAUGUCCUGUUUGCAUAAUGGCAAAGCUUUACCAUGACGGGUUAAAAUUAGGACUGCUGCAGCCAGACCAUUUCACUGAGAUGAAGUAGCCUGGGUUACUUUGAGACAAUGUUGGCACUAUAACCAUUUCACCUUAUUGAAUAGGUUGUCUGUAUGUCUGUUUAUUCAGUGUUAAACCAAUUUCAAGCAAUUUAACACAAAAUCAGUGUCUCUGGCCACCCACAGCCCCUACUGGAGGUACAUAGAUAUUACAUGCUUCCAGUUUGACUACUCUGGCCUUAAAAGGACACUAUAGUCACCAGAACACCUACAGCUGAAUGUAGUUGUUAUGGUGUCUACAUCCUGCCCCUGCAGGCUUUUUGCUGUAAACACAGCCAUUUCAGAGAAAAGGCAGGGUUUACAUUACUGCCUAGUAACACAUCCAGGGGCAGUCACUCAGAUGGCCACAAGAGGUGCUUCCUGGGUGCAGCACUGACUUUCAGAGUCCCACGCUUUGCAUGGAGACGCUGAACAUUCCCUACAGAGGUGCAUUGAUUCAUUGCAUCUCUAUGAAGAGAUGCUGAUUGGCCAACACAGCGUUUUUUCACGCAUCUGCAAUAGCCUCCCAAUGCUUUCCUAUGGGAAAGUAUUGGAUUGGCUGAGAUCAUCAUUUUUUUUCUGAUAUCAGCCAAGGAGCAGACCGGGAAGGAGCCAACGGCACUGGAAUUAAUGUAAUUAAACUUACCUUUUACGUAGGUUACAAGGGGUCUGGACACCUUAAAGGACCACUAUAGUGCCCUGAGGGUGCCCCCUCCCUUCAGGGUCCCACUCCCGUGGUGCUGAAUGGUGUGUGUGUGUGUAUCUGUACCUGCUAUGUAUGAUACAUAAAAGUUGACAUUCUGACAUUUAUCACCUUUCUCUCUCUUCCUCUCUGAUCGUUGUGUUCAGUCUGAGGGGGCAGGGCCAUACAGAGAUCAUGCUCUCUCUCAGACAGAACACAGCGAUCUCAGAGCACAAACUACUGACCAUUUGGCCACCCUGUUCUUAAAGGGACAGUAUAGUCACCAGAACCACUACAGCUUAAUGUAGUUGUUUUGGUGUCUAUAGCCUGUCUCUGCAUGGAUUUACAUGUACAUGCUUCCUUUUAAGAAAAAAGGCAAUGUAUACAUUGCUGCCUAGUAACACCGGACCAGUCUCUCAGACAGCCACUACAGGCGCUUCCUGGGUCAGUAUUGCACGCAGUGCAGUACUGGCAUUCAGCGUCUCCAGGCUCUGUAUGAGGAGAUGCUGCUUGGUGCAGUGUGCCAUUUUGCCGCACAUGUGCAAUAGCCUCCCAAUGCUUUCCUAUGGGAAAGCAUUGGACUGUCUAAGAUCAACACCUUUUUAACUUUGGGGGUUUCAAACUAAAGUGUCAGGAAUACAUAUUUGUAUUCUUGACACUAUAGUGUUCCUUUAAUGAGCAUUUUUGCUGUGCUUAUAACCAUAUUUUUUGCCAACGUUGGUACGAUACGCCUGGAGAGCAAACUGAAUUUUUGUGUGACAUAGUGCUGUUGGCAAAACAAAAUACUAUUGCUGCUCAGUGAACUGACUCGAUACGGAGUGACCACAAUGUAUAGAGUUUAUAAGUGGUGCUAAAAUAAAUAUAAAUAAAAAUACAGUUUUAAAAGAGGAGUAAAAGAUGUUUAUAGUAAAGCACCAUAUUACAGGUGUCAGUGCAUGUCUGUGGUGAUUGGAUAAUGGUCCCUGACAGGCCAGUGUAUACCCAGGGUGCUGUUAAUUGGUUAACUUCCAGAGCCAUGUCAUGAUCUGACAAAAACAUUAUCUGGGAAGCAAAACUGUGGCAAGUCACUGAUCAUAGUCAUGCAAAACCACAGGAAUAGCAUUUCAAAAUUAUUAAAGGGACAAUAUAAUCAGCCAUUGAAGUGGUCUAUGUGCAGGGCCCCUGUCCCCUUAAAAAUGCAAUGUAAAACAUUGCAGUUUUAAACUCCCACUACUCUUGGGCAGCAGCAAUGGCUAUUGAAUUCAUCAGCCCAAAUUCAUAGAACAGAAACCAAAAAAAGAGUCACCUGUGCACUACACCAAAUCCCUAUGUACGUUUACAUAACUGGAGGUUUUUUGUUUUUUUUUUAGUAUCACUUAAAUAGCCAUUAAAGUGUAAGCUCACUUGCCAAGGCAAAACCUCUUAGGUGACUCCUAAACUAACAAUUCAGCUUGCUUCUUUAAGCUAAAAGGAAACAUCUCUAAUGAACUGCCUUCACCUCAGAGCAACAUACUGUGUAUAAAAAUCAUAAAUUCUAAAAUCAUUUAUCGCUGAUUAAAUGAUAAAACUCAUGAGUACGGUGUCUUUAUUUACAGUUAAACACCGAACAUUCACCCCGUACUGAGAUACUACGAUGUACUAAUGAAAAAUAAAAUACAUUUAAAAAAAAAAAAAAAUUUGCUGCACCAAAAGGUUAGUGAGAUAGACGAGGAUUUGGGGAUUUGAUUAAGACCAAUUAGUGUCUUUACUGAAGAGAGACAUUCGGGAGGUAUUAUAAAGGAAAUGAACAGUGACAUUUUCUAAUAUCUUAACAUAAUCAUGUUAUAAUAUACCAUAUUAUUAUUAUUUUUUUAAUUCAUGUAUAAGAUUAUUUUUUUUAAAUCCCCAUGCCUUCUGAUAGUAAUCUGACCCCUAUGCUCACUAUUUUGCAACUGUCCCUUUCUAUUUUUUUUGUAUCAUGUGCUCUUUCUGCCUGCAGUAGUUUCUAUUAGGUGAGUUUGAAAAGCAACAAGCAGUUGCAAAAUAGUGAGCACUGAGUCACUGGGAGGAUGGUUACUAAGCAAUGGGUUAGAAGAGGAGGGAUAUUCUAUAUUAAGCAUUAAACUAAAAGACAAGUCUGAGCAGGAGGUUCCUUAACCAGAUAAAGUCAAUGACAAGACCCCUGGGCAAUCCUGCUCUGGAAUCAUGAAAAUCCUGCUCUGGAAUCAUGAAAAUCCACCUCUGGAAUCAUGAAAAUCCCCCAAAAGAUCCAUGAUUGACCCAAUGUCGGAAGUAAUUGAUCCUAACACAAAUAUCAAGGCCUUGUUUUCAAAGUCUGACGUUAUGUUUAUCUGGGGGUCUUGCUCAAGGGUAUAACAUUACCGAUAAAACAACAAGCAGAAUGGAUAAACCUAACGCAAGAGCGUUGGUCAACCCAAGAUGGAAAUUUAUUGAUCCCAAUCCAGACAUCAAGGCUUUAUUCUCACAGUUUAACAUUAUGUUUUUCUGGGGCUUGCUGGACGGGACAGAGAUGAAGUGGAACAAGAGGAUGACACUGAGCGGUGGCCAGUGUCGCUACAGGAAAGCUGACUAUUCUUGCUCAAUCCACCUGAGUGAGCCACUAUUAAAAUGUAGACCACAAAAAGACCUGGUGGAGACACUACUGCAUGAGAUGAUCAACGCACUGCUAUACUUCAAAGCCCCGACCAUGGCGUGAGUCACACGGGCCAAAAUUUCACCAGAUAUGCAAAAGAAGAAACCAACAAACCGGUGCCAAUAUAUCAGUCUACCACCAUUAUCUUAAAGAAGUGGAGGAAUGCAAAAAGCACUGGUGGCAGUGUGAUGGGCCUACGGAAAAAGAUAACUUUAUUGGUGACACUAUUUCAAUUUAUCAUGUAUUUAUUUAUUUUUUUUCUAAAGAAAAAUGGAGGUGUGAUAGGCCCUGCCAAAAUAAACAUUGAAAACCAAAAUAAACAGAGUUUCUUCUGCUCGUGAGACGUGGUGGACCCAUCAUCAGUUAACUUGUGGAAGAACAUUUAUAAAAGUCAAGCAGCCUGAGAAACUUUGGCCAGAUCAGGAUACAAAGUGAUGGAGACCAAUUUGAGGAUUAUUAUAACCAAUUUGCCUUAAGAAUGGAGGCCACAAAUGAAGCGCUGCGGAAUUUGAUGGCACUAUAUAAAUAACAUAAUAAUAAUAAUAAUAAUCUGUAACUGCUGUUAACACAAAGGAAGAAGGACAGAUGUUUAUUUUAAAUGAUGUCCAAUCUUGAAAGAGAAAAAAAAGGAUUUAACAGGGAAUAUGCUUGUUUCCAAGAAAUAGGAGGAAUUUGAUUGACAUAUUGGAGUCAACAAGAAUUUUUUUUCACAUUUAGUUGCAGAGUUAGAAAUCACUUCAAACUGUUUUUUUGGGGAUGGGAGGGGAGGUUCAGGGGGAGUAAUGAGCACGUAGGACCUGGUAGCUUAAACAUUAAACUUUUAAAAAAUGUAUUGUUUUCCUGUAGUUAUUUUGUUUAUCCAACACUGUUUAAUUAAAAAAGGAAUUCUAAAAGUAAUUUUCUUUGCCAGUUUUCUAUCCUCUUCAAAUGUCAGCUGGUUUCACUUGAAUAUAUAGAUUUUAUUUGUAAUUCUUACUGAGGUAUAGCUUUCAACAUUUUACAUUUUAAAGGGGGACACUUUGCUUUUUAUGGGUUGCAUCUGGAGGUGUGGGCAGGGGUUAAGGCUAUUUUGGUAUCUAAGAUUUACGACGUAUGUAAUAUCACUGACUAAAGUAUCUGAUUCCUACAGAUUAAAGGACCACUAUAGGCACCCAUACCACUUCAGCUUAAUGAAGUGGUCUGGGUGCCAAGUCCACCUAGGAUUAACCCUUUCUGUUGUAAACAUAGCAGUUUCAGAGAAACUGCUAUGUUUACUUUAGGGUUAAUCCAACCUCUAGUGGCUGUCUCAUCGACAGCCGCUAGAGGCGCUUCCACGCUUCUCACUGUGAUUUUCACAGUGAGAAGACGCCAGCAUCCAUAGGAAAGCAUUGAGAAUGCAUUCCUAUGAGACUGGCUGAAUGCGUGCGCAUGCGCAUUCAGCCGAUGACGGGGAAAGGAGGAGGAGAGUCUAAGUGUUUAACCCCUUCCUCUCCAUCCAGCCCGGCGGGAGUGGGACCCUUAGGGUGGGGGCACCCUCAGGGCACUAUAGUGCCAGGAAAACAAGUAUGUUUUCCUGGCACUAUAGUGGUCCUUUAAUUCUAGGCAUUGGGGGUACAUCAGUGUUGUAAGUAGCCAAUGGAAGGUGCCUGCCCCUGGUUCAAGAUAAUCUAUCAACCCCCUGACACUCUCAAAGCCCCUCACCCCAUAAUAUAUAUAAUAGAUCCACUACUGAGCUUACUAUCCUGCAACUGUCCAUCUCUCUUGGCCGUCUCACUCAGUCAGGGAUACACAUGUGCAGGGUACUGUUAAAGUGCAGUUCCUUGGCACCCUAAAUUUGGGGCUUUGGGAGGUCUGUAACAGUGCACCCUAAGAAAAUGCCUAGAACCUGGCCAGUAAAGGGGGCUUAUCUAAAUAGUAUAAUCAUGGCUGGUUGGAGGAGAUCAGAAGUCUUGGCAUUAUUAUGCUUACUAGCAGAUAUCUCCACAAUGUGAGAGGCUGCCAAAACAUUAUAGGAGAAGGACAUCUAGUGUUGAUAGAAUAGCUCAUUUUCUGGUGUUCCAUUGAUUCUCCUAUUGGGGAGAGGUUGAGUGCUACAUUUUAAAACACUAGACUCAAGGUAUGUUAUACCUAGAACCAGAUCCAUUACAGCUCCAGGAAAUAGGUAUUUAACAAAUUGCGUGAUUGGGUGAUACACUUCCCAGUUAACUGGGACAUCUUUAUAAAGGUAUAAACUUCACAGUUCUCCGUUCGGCUAUCGCUAACAUGUCUUUUAAUUGUGGUGUAUUAUUGAGAGGUGAAUACAUAUUAUGGAGUCCUCUGAAAUGCACCCUUUGUCAUAUUUCUGUAUCUUGUUAGUAGUCUUUUCUUCUGCUCCUCAGGGUUGACAACUGGCGUGUAGAUUCCGGAGGUGACUCUGCUGAAAACAAUGGUAUUUCUGAAUUUGGGAAGGUAAGUGCUCAGAUAUAAAUACAUGGAGAUCUACCAAGACUUUAUGAUACAGAGUAUAUGAGGAUUGUGAAAAUAAUCAAAUGUGUUUAAAAUUAAAUCAGACAAGAAAUCCUUGUUUGAUGAGUCAUAACUUCCAUUAUCCUCAGCUAGCUUUUUGAAUUCUAUGAGAUUUCUUCGCUCUAUUUAGUCCUUGGUAGGGUAGGAUCAAGAGUUUUUAUCAUGUGGAAGGCCAAAGGCUGUCUCUCCCAUGUUCUUUAAAGGAACACUCCAUUAAAAGUUUAUUUUUGUUUAUAAUUUAGAAGAUAUACCUUCAAAGGAAACAUGUAUGUAUUUUGCUUGCAGGCUUCCCAUAGAGAAGUCUGUGAUUGGUCCGUUUCGCUGGCUAAGAGCGCAUGCGCAUCACUGAAGUGGUCAUGGUAGUUGGAGUAACUUUUUAACUUAAGUCUAAAGCAUCAUUAUUUUUGUGUUACUGAUUGGUCCUCCUAUUAGAGUGGGAACUACAUUUCCCAUGAUUCUUGCGCAGUCUUGAGGCCAUAGUUAGCAUCAAUGAUCUCGGCUAACCCUUGUUUUGUGUGGAUAACAUGUAUAAGUCCUCUUUGGUCAGCAUUGUCACAUAUGACUGUAAACCAUGCUCAGUUUGAAAGGCUGGAACGAGCUCAGAUAUUUGAGAUGCCUGAAGUUUGGCCAUGUCAUUAGAAUCUGUGAACACACACUAGCAAAUAAUAGAUGAUUAUGACCCAAGAUGGUUACUCCCCCAAUUCAAAUGUAAGCCCAAAAAGGCACUAAAAGGAUUUAUAUUUCAUUACUUACUUUACUGCAAAAUGAAACACUCUAUAUAGUAGGUGUAAUCAUUUAUUUGAAAUAAUACACAAUGUAAGGGCUAAAUGUCUUCCCCGGGGAAUCUUAACAGCUGCAGUCCAUACUUGGAAGUCCAACCAGCACAACACAAAUAUGAGCUCCGAGAAUUGACUGACAUGAGACCAAGAUAGUCAGGUUUCAAAUCAACUCUUAUCUUUAUUGGCAUAGCCUGUUAGUUAUAUAAUGGUAUUGCAGUACACAGAAUCAUAAGACAUCUUGGGUAAAUGCUAAGAACAUGUAGCCCAUUGAGCAACAUAGCAAGUGGAAUGGACCUUGGUAGAGCUAGGAGGCAGGCAUAGGAAGCAAUUGAAUUGAUUAGCUAGUGGGUUAAUAGGGGUGGGCUUAGUGGUUGGUAUAUAUAUCAGCCAUCUUAGGUAGUUGGCAUUUUAAUUAGUCUACACUUACCUGUAGUUGUCCCACCCUCCCUUUGUACUACUUGCGGUAUUUCCUGUUUGGUCCCAGCAGUGGGAUUAGAUAGGUUGGCGGGGUAGAGUGAGUGAAUAAAGUGCAGGGUUAGGUUGAGUGGGAAAAUACUCACGGGGGUUACAGUUGUUUGGUAGGUUCGAGCUCAGUUUCAUUAUAUUGGCAAUCGUGCCACUUGGCUGGUGUGUUAUGUGUUAUAUAUUUAUUAUUAUUGUUACAUCGUGGUUUAUAUAUGGGGCGGUCAUUGCCAGGAUUAAUUACAUUCCAUGGGUGAGGGGCAUUUAAGUAAUGUGUGUUAGGCGUUGGCAAUGACCUUAUGUGUUCAUGCAUAUCUAAUGUGUAAAUAAAGCUGUGGACAAAUAUUUUCCAACGUUAACUUGUAGUCUGCGUUUUAGUGGGGAUUGGGGACUAAGGUUAACUGAAUAUACCGAUAAAGGCGACUAUGCGCAUGUCAAGUGCGUUACAUUAAGCCAGACACCACAAUUAAUUUAAGGUGCAAAAGGAACAAUGGAAGUUGCGCACGACUGUCCAUUUGACCAUGUCCUAAAUUUGCAAUGUUGCUAGUUCCCUAAAUUCCCAUCUGAACAGGAAACAUUGUCUAGAUACAAUAUGUGUGAAAUGUCACUGCUACCUGUGAGUUAGUAUAAAAUAUAUGUAUAGAUUGUUUUAGGAGAAAUUAUCUUGUUUAAAGCAGUAAUCAACAAUUUAGACUGUGAGUACAAUAUGGCGUCUGAGUUCAACAGAGCACCUUAUAACAAAAUGGCUGGUGAUGACAAGAUGGCGGGCUGCUUAGAUAUAAUUAUCCUAUCAAAUAAUAAAAGUUAUAACAGUUUUCCCUUUCAUAAUUAUCAUACCCCCUACAGAAAGUGAUCUUAGAGAUGAACCGCUUAGGGAUGAUCAUUGAUUUAGCCCACGUCUCAGUGAAAACGAUGAAAGAUGCUCUAGAGAUCUCUAAAGCCCCCGUGAUCUUCAGUCACUCGUCUGCGUACAGAGUAUGUAAGCAUGCCCGCAACGUCCCCGAUGAGGUUCUUCAGAUAGUGGUGAGUACUGAAGAUCGGGGAUAUUAGGAAUUAAUUUUUUCCUUUUUUUUUUUUUUACCAAGGCACAGAUCUGAGUAUAGCGAUGUGAAUUAGGGAUGAAAGACAGGGGAUAGGGGUAUGGACUAGUUUGUGUGCAAUGAGUUGUGAUAGCCUAAUGUCUACUGAGCUAUUUGGACAACUCUAGGCAACUCAUCUUAAAAACUGCUUAGUGAAUACAUCGAUCCCAAGCUUAUUAUUUACUAAAAUAUGUCUAUUCUCGAAAAUGUCACAUUUGAGGCCAAAGUAGCAGAACUGGAAAAAUUCACAAUGUUAUCUAUGCUUUUGGUUCAACUAUUUUAGCCUAACAAUUUUAAUUUAGUUUGAGGUCCUAACAAUUCACACUUUAGUGUAGCAAGGGCCAUAAAAUAAAAAUGUACACGGAUUGCUCUAUUUCUCCUAUGCCUCUUUUGAUGACCUCUGCUGUAUUACAAUUACUGAUAGAGCAAGAAUGCGGAUAGAUUGGACCUAUUUUAUUACAUUAUUCCUGGAUGCUAUUAAAAAAAACAACCAGUUAAAAGCUUCUUUUUUUUUUUUUUUACAAACAGAAGGCGAAAAAUGGCCUGGUGAUGGUUAACUUCUUUAAUGAUUAUGUCACCUGCAGUAACUCUGCAAAUAUUUCUAAUGUGGCAGGUAAGUUAGAUAAGAAAAUGUAUAAUAGAAAAUACUAAACAAUACUAUGCUAAUAGAAAAGAAAAACAAUAUUAGAAAUAGGUGCAGACCACUUUAAAUGCUCCCUUGUUGCAGUCCCGACUCCCAUCACUCUGUAAAUUAGACAGUAUGAUGCUUGGUUACCAUAGCAACACACUGACCAGAGGAGCAUUUACUCCGGUCUGCACUAGCUUAAGGUGCAGACCACAUACUCCCCCACUGGACCACCAGGGAGAGUAUAGGAGUUCAAGAGUAACCAACAGGGAUUAAUUGAUUAUAUGCCCUCUCGGGAAUAAGAUCAGCAGGAGCUAGUAACAUUUUAGUUUUUUGUAUUUUAUUAAAUAAGUAGAAUAAAAUAUAAGGGAAAACAUCCAACACAUCCUCCCAUAGGUUCCCAGUCCCCACACACAUCCUCCCGCAGACAACACCACACAUACCACAAUCUCGCAUACAUCCCACUCAGCUAAACCCCACACACAUAUCACAUGCAGUCACUCUCACACAUCCCACUCAGCCAAACCCCACACACAUCACACCCAGCUAAACCCCAAGCACACAUAUCACAUGCAGUCACUCUCACACACAUCCCACUCAGCCAAACCCGACACACAUCACACCCAGCUAAACCCCAAGCACACAUAUCACAUGCAGUCACUCUCACACACAUCCCACUCAGCCAAACCCCACACACAUAUCACUCCCAGCCAAUUUCACACAUCCCACUCAACCAAACUCCACACACAUCACACCCAGCCAAUCACACAAACAUCACACCCAGCCACUCCCACCUACAUACACACAACACUUGGGGCAAGGAGGGGACCCUUCAUUAAUUCUUGCACCCUGGCCCGUCAGUUUCUAAUUACUCACCUUCCCCAUUUUCAUCCACUUCCAGCAGACACAGUUAAUGUUCCCUUUUAUUCCCUAGCAGUGUACUGAUCAUUGGUCCUGUGGUAUGUCCAAGGUUUCCAAUAUUAAUCAAGAAAUCUGCUUAUUAAGCCCACACGCUAGUACAUUGUAUAUCCUACAGUAUAGUAUAGGUUUAACCCCUUAAGGACCAAACUUCUGGAAUAAAAGGGAAUCAUGACAUGUUACACAUGUCAUGUGUCCUUAAGGGGUUAAAAAACAACUAGGCUAGUCGGUUAGUCUAGUCUGCUUCUGGUAGGCUUUUGUCGUCAUGUUUAAUUUGUUCAAUAAUUAGCAAACCACUUCUUGGGAUCUCCAUCCCUAAUCCCUCUCCAUAGGACCCCUUUUUAAUCAUUCCAGGUCCUGCUACCUGGCUAUGAUUUGUUUCUCUGUUUGCACAUCUGAAUGCUGCUCUCUGUUCACAGACCACUUUGACUACAUUAAGAAGGUUGCCGGUAUUGAGUCAGUUGGCUUUGGGGGAGACUAUGACGGUGUUCCCAGGUAAAAUGUAAAAUACAGCCUGUUGUAGAAAUGCCUGUCUUUGUUUCCUGAAAUAGACAGAAACAAACAAACAGGGUUAUUCAGUUAAGUGUGUAUUGUCAGGUAUGCAAAGUGAUUUUAAAUUUGAUGCCAAUAAAAGCCGAAUUGAAAACAUGGCUUUCUUGGAGAAAUUAGAAGAGAGGUUUCUAAUAGAGGACUUCUGUUCAGAGACCCUGUCCUUAAAGCGGCACUGUCCCCCACCCCCUCCCCCCCCCCCGAGAAAUGAGUAUUUCAUAAAGAUAAAAUCUUUAUGAAAUACUCAUUAUGACUGUGUUAGACUAUAUUUGUCUUUGUAUUUCUCCUCCGCCUAACUUUUCUUGACUUAGGCAAAGCAUAAGUGUCAAUCCCUGCAGCCGUCAUCAGCGACAGUUGCAGGGAAGUGGCUGUGUCUAUGGCAGAUGCCAUGGUCUUGCGGAAUCCCCCAUAGAUCUCAAUGCUGUACUCUCAAGCAUGCGCAAGGCCAGCACUGAGGAGGACCACGCUGGAGCAAAACUCACCUUUACCUGUCACCCUCGGCCACUGGACCCCGAGUGUUAACAUCAGGGGAACAAAUUUGGCAAAGUCCCCAAACGAUUACAGUGCCCCCUUCAAGGAGCCAAAUUGUUUUAAUGACAACCUAAACCAGGGACAUUUCAGUAGGUAUGCUACAUGGUCAGUCUGAGAGUGAAAAAAAAACAACCUUUAAAACGAAAUCUCUUCCCUGUACGAUGAUGCACUAAUGUUCUCUUUGAUCACCCCAUUGUAAUGGUUACAAGAUAAACAUGGGAAUGUCCCAAAUGCAGGUUUGGUCAGAAAUUUCUGUCUAGGUUAUGAGUACUUCUCUGCCUUCACUACCACAUCUCUGAUGUUCUUGCCCUGGUUAUCAGCAAAAAAAAGAUGCCCAUUAUGCUUAUCACACUGUGCAAUAUGCCAAGGUGAACGUAUGAUUCUGGAGGUGAAGAUGGAGAAAUACCUGUAAUUGGAAUGCUUUUAUUCUUUAUAGUUAGAUGGUGAGGACCAAACACAUUUUGAGUGAGGCCUCUAACUUGGAAUCAGGACCGGACUCGAUAACAUUUCAUCUUAAAGACAAAAGCUUUAAUUCUCAUACCCUCUCAGGGUAAUAGCUCUAGCAAAAACACUGAAUCGAGAAACUUUAUUGACAGACAAGGACAAACAGUCUAAUGAACACAUUCAAGUUCAUGAGAAGCCUUUCCUGAUCUGUAGGGUUUGGUUGAACUAGAAAAACUCAACUCCUAGAAUAAUUUAAAAUACAAAUAUGAUUAUUAAGCUCGAUUGUUUAAAGGGACACUAAACGCACAUAGAUCACGUCCUCUCAAUGAAGUGGUCUGGGUGCAGUGACCGUGUCCUUUGAACCAGCAAUGUAAAGCAUUAGCAUUUAGUAGAUAUGGCAGUGUUUUCAUUGAAGGGUUAAACCUCCUGACAGCCACUAGAGGCGCUUGCCCUGAUAUGACCGAGUUUUACUUAGUAAUGUGACAUUUGACUUCUAUGAGAACUUCAAAUGUCAUCAAAUGCGGCUGAUAGGGAAUCCUUGAAUUCAAUGCUUCCCUGUCAGGAGCAUUUGACAGGACGCAACCGCCUCCCCAGUGCUUCUGUACGAGGAGCAUUGGAUUGGGCUAGAAGACAGCAAGUGAUGCCUACAAAAUAACAUCACAGGUGAAGGAGCGGGCAGCAACAUCAAGUGGGUCUCAGCUCUGGAAAAAAGGUAAAUAAAACUUUUUCAUAAUUUUGUUUACAUGUUAACUAGGAGCUAGGACACUAGAGCGUUAGGAACACAUGGUUGUAUUCCGAAUGCUAUGUAUUCCAUUAAAGGGACACUAUGGCACUAAAACAGGUUUAUCUUAAUGUGGCCGUUUUGGUGUAUAGACAAUUCCCCUGCAGUCUCACUGCUCAAUUCUCUGCCUUUUAGAAGUUAAAUCACUUUGUUUAUGCAACUCUAGUCACACCUCCCUGCACCUCCCUUCCUAAACACUUCCUGAAAAGUAACCUAGAUAUUUUUGGUUCCUGUAUUGUGCAUUCUGCUUAAUUUAGAAUAUUUUAUCUCCUGCCUUCUAGAUCCUGCAAGAGCAUCCUGUGUGUGAUUAAAGUUUAAUUUACAGAGCAGGAGAAAGAAAACACUUCUAAAACAAGUUAACUUCUGAUUGAAAAUGAAAUCUUUUUUUCAAGUAGGUUGCGUCAGUCACAGCCAGGGGGAGGUGUGGCUAGGGCUGUAUAAACAGAAACACAAGUGAUUAAACUCCUAAAUAUUAGAUAAUCGAGAAGUGAGACUGCAGGGGCAUGAUCUAUACACCAAAACUGCUUCUUAAAGCUUAAGUUGUUUUGAUGCCUACAGUAUCCCUUUAACUAUAAUUUGGAACUUGGUGGGUAGCAAAGAGUAUGAACUGCAUGGCCAAGAUUUAGAUGGCAAAAAGCUGAGGCUUAGACCAGACAACAAAGAGACUAUAUUUUAUCAGUCAAAGUGCUGUACUUUGUUUGUCCAUCGUUCUCCUGGUUUGAUGCUGGUCUCUUGUCAACAGGGUUCCAGAAGGCUUGGAAGAUGUCUCAAAAUACCCAGAUCUAGUGGCCGAACUAUUAAAAAGAAACUGGACCCAUGAUGAGCUUCACAAAGCUCUAGCCCAGAAUUUCCUGCGUGUAUUUCGGGAAGUGGAAAAGGUAAAGUUUUAAAUAGAGGUAGGUCUUUAACUUGGAAUUAUUCCCCACUAACACUCUGUUUUCCUUUGUAGGUGAAGAAUAGUAUGAGUUCAUCUCCUGCCACCGACGACGCCAUUGAAUAUGAAAAGAUAAAGAGUGAUUGUCGCACAAGCUAUGGCUACGAUUAUAACACAGCAGAGCGUCAGCUCUUGGGAAAAGCAGUUCUUGUCCUAUGUUUGGUCUACACUCUUUUUUUUUGAUUGAGAAACACAGACUGAAAUCAGUUCAAUGUUUGCUCCUUCGUGUACUCAAGCAGCUCUUUACUGGGAUACUUAUUCUUUUUUUUUUUUUACAUAAUUUAUUAGUUUUUUUCCAUUUUUUAAUACAAAAAAAAAACAUAAAAGACAUGAAAGGACACAUGCAAAAAAUGAUUAUAUGUUGUUGGUAUGGUCAACAGGCAUAGAUGAUAUUUGUAUAAACAUACAAACAUAUAUUUGUCGCUUCUAUUUCCAUACAACAAGUUUGUGGGUUUAAAUAUUGCCCUGAAUCAAGAUAUACAAUUUCCAUUAUUACAAUUCACAAUCGUGCUUAGCAUUACAUGAGUUUAAUCUCUCAUUCCAAGGAGGGUCUUUCAAG